AUGUCACGUAUACAUUCAAUCUCAGACCUAAAAUUCAUCAAACCACCUACCCUAUACACGUGGAUCACCAAAAACGCAUCACCUCAUGGUGGAAGCGGCCCCUUGGCAAUAAUUGAUGUUCGAGAAUCUGACUAUAUGGGCGGUCACAUCAAGGGUAGUUGGCACUAUCCAGCCGGUGAUUUCUACAGUACGUUACCGGAAAUUUAUCAAAAGAUCUAUAGGCAAAAAAUUCAUGAUGUUGUAUUUCAUUGUAUGUUAUCGCAAUCAAGAGGUCCUUCUUCAACUUUAAAGUUUUUACGAUCAAUUGAUGAAAUUAAAGAUGAAAAGGUGAAGCUGUAUUUGGAGAAUGAAGUUCAUGUGUAUGUAUUGAAAGGCGGGUUUAAUCGAUGGCAAGGAGAGUAUGGUAAGAAUGCAAAUGUGACUGAAGGGUAUAAUGAGGAAUUAUGGGCAAUGGGAUUAUAG